AUGCUGUACAACGCGGAACUCCCCUUCGAGGAGCUUCUUCUAACGGUCAGUCUGGUCGUUUCGGUUUUCGUCUCCGCAAUCAUGCAGGACAGGACAGCGCUGAGAGCCUGCAUUGCAUGCAUCUACAAGUGGAUGCGGCCGAGAGCUCUGCGCGAGCUCGAGCACCAGACCCGAAGGAAGGUCAGCUACAAGACUUUCCAGAAGUACCUCGAGACUGCGAAUCCGGAGUUCGCAAACCGUGUUCUCAGAAUGAAGGAGCUUCGACCGACUCGGGAGCGAGCUCUCGUCAAGAUGCACGACCUCCUGUUCCGUGAGCCGGAAAUAUGCGACUCAACAGCGGCUUGGUCGGAGGUUCAUGCUUCCAUAAACCAGGCCUUCUCCGAAUCGAACUCGCGAGGGAGCAUAGAAAAGUGCGGAGAGAUCGCUGAUCGCCACGUACGAUUGUGGCGGACGAUAGAACAAGAUCUGCAGAGCCCAUACGAUCUGUACCGCUCUCUGACAGGAUUCUCCACGGACGCAAUGAUGUACGCGGUUCACGGAAUGAAUUUGCGUCUCGACGCAGAUUUGAGGCGCCUCCCUCUGAAACACAUCAACGAUCUGAAGGAGGCUUACUGCUCAUCGGUGGGCUACCCAACGCAACGCACGGGCCGGAACGUGGGGGUCGAUGGAAUAUUUCGGGCCACGAAGUAUUUCAACGAACUGGCCACUAAAGUCAUGGAUCGCUUCCGCGGCCAGAACAAUGCAACGGAAUCUGAGGGUAACGGGUGCCCCUUCCUGAAACACCUUUUGACAUCCCAGGAGUCUGGGAGUGCCGUGGACCAGCUCGCUGGGCCCGUAUCGUUGCUCCUGGUCCUGAUCGGGGCAGAAGCAACAGCGUACACCCUGAACGUCUGCCUCUACUUCCUCGCGAAGACUCCAACUGUGCAGGAUCGCAUGCGGCGUGAAAUUCUCAGCAUCCUCGGCGACCGGACGAAGAUCGAAUUCGGAGACUUGGAGCGGAUGAAAUACGUCGAGAGCGUCAUCCUCGAGACUCUCCGACUCGCUCCGCUCCACGCGAAAAUCACACGAUACGCGGAUGCCGAUGGCAAGGUGGGCGAUAUCUCUUUCAAGAAAGGGAUGCCCAUCGAAAUCGAUGUCACCGAAAUGAGCAGGGAUGCUAAAAACUUCCCGGAGCCUCUGCUCUUCCGACCAGAGCGAUUCUGCGAUCCCGAUGUCAGAAGAAAACAGCGAAUGGAGGCUUUCCUCGCUUUCGGAUCCGGGACCGGAUCCUGCCCGGCGAGGGAGUUCUCAAUGUACUUGAUGAAGAGCUUCCUCGCUCAAUUCUGUUUGAAGCUCAGAGCGGUGAAGACUCCGAAGACCCCGGCUUGCGCUGGGCAGUCUGCACCCGAGCUGAGUCUGGCCUACUUCCUGUACGCAAAGAAGUUUGUCAGUCACCGCCUUCUGAUCGGGAUUCAGCCCGUCUACGAUGAUUUCGGCGAUGAUCAUGAUUGA